GGCAGACGCAGUCUCAGGUUCUGAGCGCUGCAGGGCCAUCAGCUAGGAUACACUGGCCUCUCUACCUUCAAUGGCUUCUCCUGACAAGGCAGUAAUUGUUCCCGGGAACGGAGGCGGUGAUGUGGCCACCCACGGCUGGUAUGGCUGGGUGAAAAAGGAGCUGGAGCAGAUACCUGGUUUCCAGUGUUUGGCUAAAAACAUGCCUGACCCAAUUACAGCUCGAGAGAGCAUCUGGCUGCCCUUCAUGGAGACGGAGCUGCACUGUGACGAGAAGACCAUCAUCAUAGGCCACAGUUCUGGGGCCAUUGCAGCCAUGAGGUAUGCAGAAACACAUCGAGUAUAUGCUAUUGUAUUAGUGUCUGCAUACACAUCAGACUUGGGGGAUGAAAAUGAGCGUGCAAGUGGAUACUUCAACCGUCCCUGGCAGUGGGAGAAGAUCAAAGCCAACUGCCCUCAGAUUGUACAGUUUGGCUCCACUGAUGAUCCUUUCCUUCCCUGGAGGGAACAACAAGAAGUGGCUGAUAGAUUGGAAGCCAAAUUGUACAGAUACACUGAUCGUGGCCACUUUCAGAACAUGGAGUUUCCUGAACUGAUUAAUGUGGUAAAAUCUAUGCUGAAAGUAUCAGCGUAGACAGAAUAAUUUCUGCUAUUUUGCAUACCAAUAUAAUAGAGCACUUAUCAGAUUAUUAGUAAAUAAUUUUCUAUUAUUGGAUGAUUACCAGACACAUAAAACAGACCAAAGUUUAAAAAAUGCCUAAAAAAACAAGUUUCAGUGUUCAAACUAAGUUAUAAACAGCAUUUCCAUUUUCCAUAGAAUCUACAUCUUCUCAAAUUGCUAUGAACUAAAGCAGUAUUUUUCCCACGUAAGGGACAUAAGGACAGCUUAACCACCCUUAUCUAUCCAAAGUGAAUAAGACAGAAAUGGAACCCAGUUUUCCUGAUUAAAACUAAACAGUUUCCCAGUCCAGAUUAAAACUGAAUAGUUUUCAUGUGUGUUAUAGGAGUUGUACUCCUCUUUCAAAUAAAACUUCUAUUUUAUUGGGGGAAAUAAAACAUGACUAAACGUCCGGACUACUGGCUUAGAAUUCAAAACAUUAGCGGUUGUUUCAAGCUGGCCCAAGAUAUCAAACCCAGAAUGAGGCCUUCACUUUGACACCUUGCCCCCCAGUCCUUCAAACAUGUUGAGAGAGAAUGCAACAUAAGGAUGCUAAGAGGCAGGGGUCUGCAAGGGUCAGGCAGGGAAUAUGAGCAGUCAACUCUGCAUAAGACAUCAGUGAUGAGGACUGACCAAUGUGGAGAGCUCACACAUGUGGGAAUGUGGCAAGGUGUUGCCAGUUUUCUGAUUUUUUUGUGUUUUUGGGUUUUUUUUAAUGUGAAAUUUUUAUUUUUUUUAUUUUACUGGGGAUAUUGGGGAAUAGUGUUUCUCCAGGGCCCAUCAGCUCCAAGUC